ACUGUACUUAACCGCCUUAACUUAACGGUUAUCUGGACUACUUGCAUAGCGAGCGUCGGCAUUGACUCGUCGGAGUCUCUGUACCCUCUACGUACGAGACCAUGGCCCACCAAGUGUCUGCAGGCUCUACCUCGUCUGGCUUGGAACAAAGUCUCGUCUGUGCCACCGUGAAACGCAGAGCUUCUCCGUCCUUCGAAGAUUGCGAAGAAGGCUCUAGCAGAAAGAGACUGAAGGAAGACAAGCAUCGUGGUGUAGAUGAAUGCAACGAACGCUGCGUCCGUAUGGACGCAGAGCAAAUCAUAGAUGAAAUGGAACAGGAGCUGCAGUGCGGAUGCUGCUCGGGUCUGGUAUACCGGCCUGUCAUCGUCAGUCCCUGCCAACAUUUCUUCUGUGGAAGCUGCUGUAUGUUGUGGAUUCGGAACGGCGGAACGAACUGCCCCGUUUGCCGUGGUAUUUCAGGUUCCGUUACCCCUUCGCGUGCUAUUCAGCGCAUGGUCGAUCUUCUCCUGAAAGCCGCGCCACACAAAGCCCGUCCCGAGCGAGAACGCCAGCAAGCAGAUGAAGUCUAUACCGCUGGAUCUAUGAGGAUUCCAUUGCCUAGAGAGCCUUCUCCGGAGCCCACGAUACAUCAGAAUACUGAUCUGGCGCGUCCCUGCCCUCACUGCGACCCUGCAAAUCCAUGGGGCUGGAGAUGUCCUCAGCCUAUCCCGGAUCCAGUUGCUGACUUGGACCAUGCGUGGCACCUGGAUGAUGGCGCCCCACCGGGUCAUGCAUACUGUGGCAAUUGCGAGAACCUCAUGGCCCUCAAUGCGCCCACCAGUACCAAAUGUGAUCUAUGCCAGGUUUCAUUUUGUGGCAUUGGCGUUCAAGGUCGCUGUGUUGCUGCACCGUUGCUCUCUCAGCACCCACAUGGAAUGUCUGAAAUUGGCGAUCUCAUCAUGUCGUCGGAGGUGUAUGAAUGCUUCGACAGUAAUACGGUCGAAGUCGACAUCAUGAUAGACUACCUCACUGCACACAGACUGACCCCUCGUCAUAUUUAUCGAGAGAUUGUCGGACAUCUGCAGGGACAGCCGAGAGGCUUCGCCCCCCUGAUAGAAUUGGAACUUUUCUCCGACGUACACGGCGUGGUUGCAGGUACUGACCCUGAUCCCACUGCUCCUCGGAGUCGCAUAUGUAGACUAUGCGCCACGGAGGUACUUCUCUGGGGUUUGCGCGACUGGUGGAUUAGAGAAAGGCAAAAGGGGCUAUUAGACGAGAGUAUAGUCAAGAGGAUGGACUGCCCUGAUGGCAGUGGUUGCCAGAAACAGAAGGAUCUUGCGCAUGCUAGGGAAUUCAAUCACGUUAUGGCGAGUCCUGGUAUUGUCCAGGAUCUGCAAUCCGGAGGACAACGGGACGUGCAGGUGUCAAUACAAUCGUCAACGUACAGCGCGGACCCCUCCUCAUGCCUCAGCGCUGUUAAUCGAGGGUUCACGACGUCUCACACCGAUGAUGAAGCGCGAGUUGCUAGGGAAGCAGUGGCUAACAACGUUGCUCAGUCGGACAGCAACACUGCAUGGUCAGCAGAUGUUAUAAUCUCUCAGUAACUAUGAUUCCUGUCUCUACUGUUCCUCGUCCUAAGCAUUUCAUUCCCUUGUAAUUUUGACGUACCAUGUAUUCUAUCGUUUCUCACGCAAUAGGAUUCCUUCAGAAUAAAUGUUCGCCUUCCCCCAG